GAAGUAAAGAAGAUGGGAUGUAUGAAGAAGGCAAUACCAUUUUUGUUAAUGGUGUUUUUGCAAGUAGGGCUUGCAGGAAUGGACAUUCUCACAAAGGAUGUCCUGAACAAAGGCAUGAGUAUUUACGUACUUGCUGUCUACCGUCAUGGCGUUGCUACCGUCGUUAUGGCCCCGUUCGCCUUAUAUUUUGACAGGACGGUGAGACCAAAGAUGACGCUGAUGAUAUUCUUCAAGAUAACGCUACUUGGUUUAUUAGAACCAGUGAUAGAUCAGAACUUAUUUAUCCUGGGGAUGAAAUACACGACUGCUACAUUUGCAACUGCCUUAUACAACACGCUACCGGCAAUCACUUUCAUCCUCGCUUUAAUAUUUAGACUCGAAAAGGUUAAGAUUCGGAAUAUCAGAAGCGCGGCUAAAGUAGUUGGGACACUCACUACAGUUGGAGGAACAAUGAUGAUGACACUUGUUAAAGGUCCAGCUCUCGACCUCUUUUGGACAAAAGGACCCUCUGCACAGAACACAACUGGGACCGAUAUUCAUAGCUCCAUCAAAGGAGCAAUUUUGGUGACAAUUGGUUGUUUCAGUUAUGCAUGCUUCAUGAUUCUCCAAGCAAUUACGUUGAAAACAUACCCGGCUGAGCUUUCUUUGGCAACAUGGAUAUGCCUAAUGGGGACAGUUGAGGGAGCAGUUGUGGCAUUAGUGAUCGAGAAAGGGAAUCCUGCCGCGUGGGCUAUCGGUUGGGACAACAAACUUCUUACCGUCACUUACAGUGGGAUAAUGUGCUCAGCACUUGGUUACUACAUUGGAGGAGUGGUGAUGAAAACUAGAGGUCCUGUGUUUGUAACAGCUUUCAAACCUCUUUGUAUCGUUGUAGCGAUUAAGUCGAGCAUCAUCUUUGCUGAGCAGAUGUACCUAGGAAGGGCUCUUGGUGCAGCAAUUAUAUGUGCAGGACUAUAUCUUGUGAUAUGGGGCAAAGCCAAAGAUUACAAACAUCCUUUUACUCCACAAGUAGAUGAUGAUGUAGCAAAGGAAAACACUAUUGUGAGCGGAAAUACGAAGGAUAGUAUUAAUCUUGAAGUCAUUACUAUCAACAAGAAAGAAGAACAAAGACAUAUUGUUGUGGAAACAGUGUUUUAA